AUGGUGGGCCCUCCUGGCGCACUUUCUAUAAAUACGUUAUACGUCCUUUGUCAAUUUUUAGAACACGUGAUUGAAACAUUGAAAAAACUUGAACAAAAUGAUUUAGAUGAUGAUAUUUGGGGCAAAAUUGUUUUGAUGGAGAAAUGUAGGCGUCUUGCAAAAGCAUAUUUAAGAAGGACAACUGUAAUAAUUGAUGGUAGCACAGAUGAAUACGAUGACAUGACUCUCGGUUAUAACCAUUUCGAGGUCGCUGAUGGAGAUGAUGAUAGCAAAGAUAUUCGGCAAAAAAUUGGCGAUGGCGUAAUCAUAAAAAUAGAUGAAAAUGGAAAUAUCAAAGCAAUGGCACGCGGUAUGACACCAGUAAUCGUGCAAGGAUGGAAUAAUCUGAAUUCAAAAUGUAUUUCUGAUCGUUUAAUUGCUCAAAAAGGUCAUUUGAAAACAAUAAAAGAUCGCCUUAAGGGUAUCACAGAUCAACAACGGAUCGAAAAGAUAUUUGAUAUGCGAUUGUUUAAUUUGGCAGUUGAGCGCGAAUUAAGACAAGCUCAGCCAAAUACAUCGGAACUUUUGCUCAAAACUUGCAUUCGAGUGUCGUUGGUGAAAGAUUCAGUAACAAAUGCUUUGAAAACUCCAUGCUGGUUUAUGAUUGUCAAUUUAGUCGCAUUAGAUGUGCUACGU